UGCACGCACACACAGAGCUUUAAAGCAGAAUGCAUGCACACACAGAGCUUUAAUGCAGAAUGCGCGCGCACACAGAGCUUUAAUGCAGAAUGCACACACACUGAUGUCUUUAUUGCAGAAUGCACGCACACACAGAGCUUUAAUCCAGACUGCAUAUCACACACACGCGUGCGCGCACACACGUUAACGGCGUUGCUGGUUUCAGAUCGUCGAUUCGAGUCUGCUGCAUUGAGAAUAGGCUUUUACGCAACCGGAAUCAUGCACGAGCGCUGAACUGUGCACAUUUUUGUCGCCGGCACGCGCCAAUAACUUCCCCCCUGAAUGGUGCAGAUUGGGUUUAGCGGUCACGUCGUGACUUGACCUGAGGGACAAGAUUAAACCCCGGCAUUACUGUAGGAGCGCCGUGCAACAUGGGAACAACGCUGUCAAUGUCGCCAAGCUACCGUAAGGCAGCGCUGUGUGACGAGGCAGCACAGAACAGCAGGAACAACAAGCGCUCAUCGGUCAUCGGUGUGUUACCAUGGAAACGCAUCGUAGCCGUUUCAGCGAGACGGAAAGGGUCAAAGAAGCUCCCUGCAGGAGGAGGGAGUCAGGAGGAGAGCGCUGUUAAGGUUAGUUUCAGCCUUGACGGCAAUUUAAACCUCAAGAAGUCUCAGUCCUACGCUAACCUGUCAGUGUUCACGCAAGUGGGAGGGUUAAAUGUUGCGAAUUCCAAAACCACCAGUGACAUUGCUGUGAGCGGCGCCCUCGAGGACCAGGACCAAGAUGGGUCAGAAGGAUCCAAAUCUUCGAGGCGGAUCUUGGUGCAAGCGUCGACCAGCGAGCUACUACGUAGUCUGGGCGAGUUCCUGUGCCGUCGGUGUUACAGACUCAAGCGUCUAUCACCAGGUGACCCCGCACUGUGGCUGCGUGGCGUAGACCGUGCGCUUCUUCUGCAGGGCUGGCAGGAGCAGGCCUUCAUCUCGCCACCAAGCGUGGUCUUUCUCUACAUGCUGUGCCGUGCAGUGGUCUCGGCUGAAGUGGGGAGCGAACGCGAGCUGCGCCUAGAACUGCUCACCUGCCUAUACUUGAGCUACUCAUACAUGGGCAGCGAGAUCUCGUACCCUCUCAAGCCCUUUCUGUUGCAGCAGGACAAAGAGGCAUUCUGGGAUAGGUGCCUGGAGAUCAUCCACUGCACCAGCGCCAACAUGCUAAAACUUAAUGCCGACCCACGCUUCUUUACACAGGUCUUCGCUGACCUGAAAAAUGAGAGUCAGAGAGGGGAAGGGGAGAGAGUAACUCUUGAUCGAUAAAGACCAUUCACUGUUGUGUGGGUGAGUGUGAGAGGCUGAAGACACUCCAACUUCUUAGAAGCUGCCAGCAUUGACUAAUACCAGACACAUACUUAGAGUAGUUUCUCAAAAAAAAUAAUCUUUCCUCAAAGGAUCUUUUACAGAAUCACUUAGUGAAUAAUUAUGAUGGUUAUUGUCAAUGAACCUGUGUUUUUAACUGUGUUUUUAUUUAUGUCACAUUUAAAGCACUUACAUUUUUUUUUAUAUUUUAUUUAUAGUAUGGGCUUUUAAAAGGAUCCGCCAAGAAUACACUGCUACAGUAUUUUAUUGCAUAAUUUAUAGUUUUAUAUUUUUAUACCAUUCAAGUGAACAUUGUUCAGUUCAUUGGGUGAUGUCAUUAAAGUGUCAUUAUUUUGCA